UCCAGCGAAUCGCUGCGGAAGUCCGCCAAUUGGUUCCUCGACUUCAUCCGCAUUAAAGACGACCAGAUAUUGCUUACGAAAGGCAGGGAUGCCUACCAGUACCUGGUUUUCCAGCGGUAUAUCAUCUAUUUCCUGGCGCUACUCAGCUUUGUGUGUAUUGUCAUCGUAUUGCCCGUCAAUAUUCACGGCAGUAAUGUGGACUCGAUUGGGACGCCAUUCAGCAAAACAACGAUCGGUAAUCUCAGUCUCGAGAAGUCUCACCUGUUUUGGAUUCACGCGGUGUUGGCCGCCAUUAUUAUGCCGAUGGGGGUGUUUGCGAUGAACCACUUCUCGAAAGUGAUUAAAUCAGAUGAGGAGCACAUCACCCGAAGAACUCUACUGAUCCGACGGAUACCGAAGUUUAAGAAUACGAAAGAGAUUCUCGUAAACUAUUUCCAGCAGUCAUUCCCCGACUGUCCCAUUACUGGCAUACAAGUGAUCUACGAUUUCAAUGAACUCCAAGCGCUGGAACUCGAGUACCAGAAUGUGGUGAACGCUAAGGACUACUGUCAACGACAUAACAGUAGCGCCCCGAAGAAUAUGACAAUCAAACCCUACUGUAUGGGACAGUUAGGCUGCUGUUGCUGUUGCUGUUGUCAGACAGUGGACGGGUAUGAGUAUUACAGCGAACGACAGGAGCAGAUCAACGGCGACAUUAAGAAAGAGUUAGUGAACUCUUUUGCCAGCCCUACCGGUUCCGUAUUCAUCACAUUUCAGACUGAGAAGCAGUGCAUGGAGUGA